GCCGCAGGUAGGUGGGCUUCGUGCGGCGGCGCCUGAACCGGGUGCGGCUUCGGCUCCGCGGGCGCACGCUGUCCUGUCCCGGGGAAGGGCCGGGUCCCUCGGCGCCGGGCAUGCUGGGAACCUCGCUCCCCGAAUUAGCGAGAGCCAGGCGGGACGGGGUCCGGGGCGCGCACGGCAGCGACUGCCUCCCCUCACAGGGGGCAGGAGCGGGAGUGGUUCGUGGUCACCGUUUUUUCAGAGCUCGGUGAGGAACUGGACUGGACGGCAUUUACCUGCUGUCUUGGGUCUUUGCCGCCUUAGCGUGUUUUUAGUCUUAGGAUGGGACUGGCUUUCGGGUGGAAGACCCCCACCCCCCGCCCCGCCACCAGCGUUGGGGGUUGGGGAGGCAGGUGCUGGGGGCCCUGGCGGCUCCGAAUGCUGCAGGCCGCCCUGGGAGGUCCUGGGCGGAAAGACCCAACAGGCCGUGCCCCCUGGAGGAGCUCCCGCAGAUGGGGGUAGGUAAACACGUGGGAAGCCGCCUGGAAGCCAUCCAGGUGGUCCAAGGAAGCCCAGGGGGAUCUGAUCUGGCCCCCUUUUCUUCUCCUGGGAUUGACAUCACCGCCAUCACAUCUUGCCUUUGAAACAUCCCAGGUGGCAUGUACCUGCCUUCUGGGACCUCCCAGGCUGGCCUCUGGGCCCCCUUGCAUGGAGAGCUCCUGGUGGGGGCCCAGGGUCGGCUGCCCAGUGGUGGUGGUUGGGCCUAGUUCCCACUCUUCCCACCUUGUUUUUGGACAGAUCGCCUUGGAUGGUGGCCUGCGUCUGACAGUCCCAUCAGCUCUUCUCAGCUCUUCUGAGGCCGCAGUGGUCAGCUCCCCACUCAGCACUUGCCUGGAGCACCCCUCCGCAGCCAUCUGUGCCGUUGUGUCUGCGCGCCGCUUCUGCCUACCCUCCGGGCGCCGUCCCUCCCUCCUCUCUCCUUUCUUUCUGUAGUUGGCGUGGCAGCUCCCAUCUGCUCCCAGCAUGCCUCGUGGCCGGCGCCAGGGCCCUCGCAAUCCCAUCCGGGCGGCAGCCAACUACGCCAAUGCACACCCCUGGCAGGUGGACGGGGCCACUCCUGGGGUUGCGUACACCCCCCUAGUGGAUCCCUGGAUUGAGCGGCCCUGCUGUGGGGACCCUGUGUGUGUGCGCACGACCAUGGAGCAGAAGAGCUCGGCGAGUGGUGCUGUGGGCAGUAAGCCCGCAGAGAGGGGCCCCCCAGCAAUGUGCAUGGGCCCGCGGCCCCUCAGGGUGGACUUCCACUGGGUGCCCGGCUCGGACCCAGGCACCUUCGAUGGCUCCCCUUGGCUGCUGGACCGCUUUCUGGCCCAGCUGGGCGAUUACAUGUCCUUCCGCUUUGAGCACUACCGGGACAACCUCAGCCGCGUCUGCGAGAUCCUCGGGCGCUUGACGGGCCGAGCCCGGGCAUGGGCAGCCCCCUACCUCGAUGGAGACCUGCCCCUGCCCGACAACUAUGAGCUUUUUUGCCAGGAUCUUGAGGAAGUUAUUCAAAACCCGAACAACUUUGCUGAGUACCACGCUGCAGGGCCCUGUUCUUUGCCUCUGGCCUCGAGCCAGCCACCAGUGGCCCCACAGCUGCCUGUGGUGAGACAGUACUUAGCUAGGUUCUCAGAGGCCCUGGCCCUCAACAUGGGCACUCCCCUCAGGUCUGUCCCCGCUGCUCUGGCCACCCCCACUGUUUCUAGUUCCAAUUCCACAUCUAGAAAUACUCUAUUUGAGCAGCUGCUAGCCAUGGAGAGCAGCCCUGGGCCUGCGGAGCCUCCUGCCUUGUCCAGCUCUGCAGGCAGCACCAGUCCUGGUCCCGUGGGGCCAUCUUCCUCCCAGCCGGGGGAGGCGGCCCCCAAACCUGUCCCUGCAGUUGCAGAAUCUGCUGAACCCCCUGCCCAGAAACCAGGUCCCACUAACCCAGGGGGUCCAGGACCCCAGAAAACAAAGGAGGUUUCUGAGACAGAGGCAGGCCAGGAGGCAUCCAUAGGUACCCCACAGGGGGCAGUGGACACCCCAGCGACCCCAGGAGAACCACCAUUCUGUCCCACGCCCCAACCCACAGCACUGGAUUCCGAACACGGCCUGGGCAGGUGUGGCAGUGCCCCCUUGUCAUGAAGUGGUCUGCGUGACCAGGGAACCCCACGGCCCCCUGUCAGGACAGAGGGGUAUUGCCAGCUAACUCUAGAUGGGGUACACCAGGUAGUGCCCUGUCCACUUGCCUCUUUGCUGGGCAGGAAAUGCACUUGUUUGGCGACUACCAUGUCUGAGCACAAACAGCUCCCCUUAAACCCCCACCCCAGGGCACAGCAGGACAAUGGCCUCUGCCCUGUGCCCCUCAUUCUCCAACUCCCUCAGUAGCCCAGAGGCUGCCUCCCACUGGGCUCUUGGCUGCAUCCCAACACCUUGUUGGGGAGCGCCUUCUCACCUGGCCUGUUCCCGCUAGUUGGAAAGAGUUGCAUAGGUCAGUCCUCAUCAAGUUUGUACAGUCCUUGUAACUACUGCCCCCCGCAAACCCACCGGCUUCAGUGCUGGCUGGGACUGGACUGGGUCUGCUGUGCCAGCCCUUUUGGACCUAAUUCCUGUGGUGUCUGCUUUGACUCCUGCUGCCCCAGUCUCUGCUCCCUGUGUCCCCUAUCCUCUGGACUGGAAGUUAAGGAAGGCUGCAUGGAGGAAGCAGCUGCUUUCAUUAUUCAGUGUAAGUGGGAGGGUGUCUUGGCAGAGAAGGGUGCUUCCCUACGUACGGGCUUACCAGCAGCCCUGGCCCACUGGGACAGCUUUGAUGCAGGAGGGUGGGGUGGGGGCCUCCUUGCCAGUCUUAGCUCCCUUCCAGGCAUUUGCCUGCUGUGUUAGCAUCUAGUCUUGUUUUGGCCCGCGGUGCCCUUCCCUCUGCUCUUCAGCAGUCCUGCCUCCACACCCACUCGUGCAGUUGGCUGCUUCAGCACUCACGCCCAGCGCUAAUGACUUGUGUUUCUGGAUGGACUGUGAGUCCCUAGGGUAGGGCUCCAUCAGUCAACCUCGUGUCCCUGGUACACAAUCGGUGCUAUUAAACAUGAGUUGGAUCCAUG